GCCUGCACAGUCAGCCUCGCUUGUCCGGGGCGCUGCACUCUCAUUGCCGUGGAUGUUGGGGAUCACGUGACGGCGUGCGUGCUCAAAGAGCGCUGUUUACGGCGCUCUCGGCUCAUCCUGCCGCGUGUUGAUGAGGCGAGAGACGCUCGUCAGAAGGGGCCCAGUCGACGUUAGCCGGCAGCCGGCAAGCACGCACGAACCCGCCGCCGUUUCGUUUCGUUUCUCAAAGCUUGCCUCUGGCGGUGUUCGAUUUCAGGCUUAAUCUGACGCAGCUGAACAAAAGGCCUCUUCGGCACAGACCUUUGUGCUUUCGCACUGCAUGCGAGCGGUCCGUGCUGUGAGGGGGGGUUUUUUUUUAGGCAAAAGCGGUGGGGCCGAGAAUCUUGUGAGCCCUCAAAGCGCGAGUGUUUUUUUUAUUUUUAACGUGGGUUUUGUUUACUUACCAUGGGCUCCGUUGGGAAAGAGAGCCUGCAGCUGGAUUUCAACACAUGCGAGCAGUUUGAGAGAGAGUAUUUAAACCUCAAAAAUGAAUUGUCUCUGGACCAUGUUGACUAUCGCACAAUCAAGAGGGACUUCCGUUCCAGAGUAUUUGUGAACCGAAGCCUUGCCAUGGAGAAAAUCAAAUGCUUUGGCUUUGAUAUGGACUACACUCUAGCCGUGUACAAGUCGCCAGAGUACGAGGCGCUGGGGUUCGAGCUGACGGUGGAGCGCCUCGUCAAUAUCGGCUAUCCCCAGGAGCUGCUCAGCUUCGAAUACGACCCCAGCUUCCCGACCAGGGGGUUGGUGUUUGAUGCUAUGUUUGGAAACCUACUGAAAGUCGAUGCAUAUGGAAACAUUCUGGUCUGCGUGCAUGGUUUCAACUUUAUGAAGGGGCCUGAGAUAAGAGAGCAGUACCCCAACAAGUUCAUUCAACGCGACGACACUGAGCGCUUCUACAUCCUCAACACGCUUUUCAACCUGCCAGAGACGUAUCUGUACGCUUGUUUAGUGGACUUCUUCACAAACUGUGCGAGGUACAAAAGGUGCGAGACAGGCGUGAAGGAUGGAGACCUGUACAUGUCCUUCAAGAGCAUGUUCCAGGACGUACGGGAGGCCAUGGACUGGGUCCACAUGCAGGGCUCCCUAAAGUCAAAAACUCUGGAGAACCUGGAAAAAUAUGUGGUCAAGGAGCCACGUCUUCCACUGCUGCUCAGUCGAAUGAAGGAAGUUGGAAAGGUGUUCCUGGCCACAAACAGCGACUACAACUACACCAACAAAAUUAUGAAAUACCUCUUCGACUAUCCACAUGGCCCAAAGGUGCCCGGCACAUCCCACCGCCCAUGGCACUCAUACUUUGACCUGACGGUGGUGGACGCGCGCAAGCCUCUGUUUUUUGCCGAGGGGACCGUACUGCGCCAGGUGGACUUGAAAACAGGCCAUUUGAAGAUUGGCACGUACACUGGGCCCCUGCAGCAUGGCAUCGUGUACUCAGGAGGAUCUUCGGACAUGAUCUGUGACCUUCUGGGAGCCAAGGGCAAGGAUAUCCUCUACAUUGGAGACCACAUCUUUGGGGACAUCCUCAAGUCCAAGAAGCGGCAGGGCUGGAGGACUUUCCUGGUCAUUCCAGAGCUGGCGCAGGAGCUGCACGUGUGGACGGAGAAGAGCGCCCUCUUCGAGGAGCUCCAGGGUCUGGACAUCUUCCUCGCUGAACUCUACAAGCACUUGGACAGCAGCAGCAAUGAGCGCCCGGACAUUAGCUCCCUGCAAAAGAGAAUCAAGAAAGUCACGCACGACAUGGACAUGUGCUACGGCAUGAUGGGGAGCCUCUUCCGGAGUGGCUCGCGCCCGACGCUGUUUGCCAGUCAGGUGAUGCGUUACGCCGACCUGUACGCCUCCUCCUUCAUCAACCUGCUCUACUACCCUUUCAGCUACCUCUUCCGCGCGCCGCACAUCCUGAUGCCUCACGAAUCGACGGUGGAGCACGUGCACAAUGGGCUGGGCGAGACGGAGAGCCCCAUGGCAACGCGCAACCGCCUGCUGAUGCAGGGCAUGACCGGCGGCGGCGGCGGCGGCACCAGCUGCCCAAGCACCAAGGAGCAACACGGCGACGAGUCGACCGACGGGAAGCGCCUCGGCUUCCAGCGCUCGGUCAGCGAGGUGCGACCGCCGCACCUCCACCCGACCACUCCGCAGGAGAUCACUCACUGCCACGACGAAGAUGACGACGAGGAGGAGGAGGAAGAGGAGGAAGAGUAAGCUUGCCGACCACUCUCUGUGAGCCCAGUCAAUAGAAACAACGUGGAAACGCUCGUUUCGGUCGAAGCGAUUUUCACGUGGGAUUUUUUUUUUCUACGACAAGCAAAGCACGUUUACCUGAAUGUAAAAAAAAAUUGGCAAGGAACUGCUGCUUGCCCGCGUGGCUGUUUUGAGCCAGCGGUUCUGAAGGUUUCUAUUGGCGCUGGUCACGGGUGAGGGAUCUCAGUGUGGAGCGGAUUGUGUUCUCGAUGCCAGCCUGCCGCGGUGUGAGCAAGCGUGGUCUACUCAUGGCGAGCGCACGGCUGGCAUCCCUCUGUUUGCUGUGAUGGCAGCAAUGUGUUUUUUGUCAGAAGAUGGUGCCGGUGACCACUGGUCGUAGAGGGCACGGGGUGGGGGUGGUGGUGGGUAGGUGCGGUCACGCUCAUGCUCGGCCAAUCACAGGACACUUGUUGCCUCCUGAUGGGGGUGUGAAGCUAGAAAUGCAGUUGCAAUGGAACGUUUAGUUGCCGUUCUCUGCACUGUGAUUAUAGGCACCGUGUAUCUGACUGAUAAAGAAUCUGUCAGUGUUGGGUGUUUUAAAAAGCUGUUUUGCUGUGGCAGUAUUGUCUACCUUAGCGCAAUUAAAUGCGAGUGGUAAAACUACAUGGUACACGUCAUGUAUGUAUGUAUGUUGAACUUCUUUCGCACCGUACGUAGCCAACCAUGCUAAUCGGAGAUGCGGGGGAAGGACAAGAAACUAAACACAGAAGCAGUUAUAAAAAAAAGCAUUUUUCAAUUCUAAAAUUGCACAGCUCCCGUGGCUUCCUAAUAUUGGAAGGACGAGCGUUAUGAUAUAAUUAAGCUAAAAGGAAGUGAUUAUUUUAAGGCGUCUUGCAAUGGGGUAUCCGUUCACACGGAAACUGUGGAGGCCGAUGGGGGCAUCACGUGAUCCUGUACACACACGUGGCAUGGAUGUCCAUUGGAGUCUGCUUGCCAUGAAUUGUGUAUACAGCGGUUGUGAUUGAAUAGCAUAUAUACACCAGGUAGUGAACCAUCUCGAUCAGGAACAUGGGACCCAGGAUCCCUCGUGGCGACUUCCUUACUCUGCCACACGUGAUGUUGUAUACAGUUGCUGCACGUUAAUCCAUGCGGCGUUGCAGUGUGCGGGUGACAAAAAUACGUUGAGAAAGAAGAUUUGGGAUAAGGUGUUUUAACUCGGCACAAGCAAUUCCAGUUUGGGUUUACACUUUAUACUGAAGUUGACAAGAAACCCUAUUUUUAAUAGGAUUCCGGUUGUGCUGUUACCUUCAUAGAGGUAAUGUCCAUCGAAGCAUACAUCUCUAUGUCGGGUUCAUAUGUAUUAUUUCAUGUACGAUACAUUUGCACCAAUUUACCUUUGCUAAACUGAGACUUGUUAGAAUCCUUGGUUAUUAACGUUAAUGGUUGGUUCAAGUGGUCAUUUGCGUGUAGUGUGUGCAGCUCAAUAUGUACUGUAUGCAGUAUAUACGUUGUACAUAUGGUGUAUUGUUAUAGAUAGGACACCUUUUAGCCGCCUUUGUCACCUUACUUCAAAGUGUCUACCCAUGUUGUCACCGGCCAGUGCACUUUUGUCAGUUGAGGAUAUAGUACCUAUGAAACAGGAUGCCAGCGCUUACCCAUCGUGCAAUACUGGCCAUGCAGCGAUGCAGCAGUAUUAAGCUCGUAUUAUGUACUCGCUUGCGCCAGGCUCAUCUCAUCGGUUGUCUCGACUGUGUAUGGGGGCCCACAGUAAAGUAGCACGGCUUCACGGCCGCCUCCUCCUCUGCUCACCACCCCAGUGGCUUAGCCUGGUUGGCACGGUGCAGUCUCACUCCCUGCGCACUCGAUAGCCACUCCACUGGCUCGCCCUCAUGGACGGGGCCAAGUUUAGAGCAAGACCCAAGGGAGCCACAUUGGUCUGGGCCAGAUUACGAUCAAGCCAACCAGGGCAGGCUGGAGCCUACGGGCCCACAGGUAUUGCACUGUGUUAGGGGAGGUGGUGCACGCAGAGCCGAAGGCAUGGGGGUGGGGGAGGAUAAAGCAAAUGUCCUGGCGUAGGUCCCAAGGUAAUGUCAGUCCAGACUGAAAAAGCAUGUACCUCUUCGCAAGUGCACACGGGCGUGAAAAAAACAACACAAACAAGGAAUGUUGCAGGCAUCUGCAGACAUGUUUUACCUGUCGUGUUCUUACGUGGGUUCUCUAAUUUGUCCUUAACAGUUUUGUUUUAGAAAUGUAUAAUUCCAUAACAGAAAAUACAGUAAUAUACAUCUUGAUAAUGAAAAAAAUGCAUGACUAGCGCUGCAAAGUUAUACCUUAGUCCAAAUAUUCCUGUUUCAAUAGUCGGUUUUAUACUUAAAAUUUGAUUCGCACUAUUUUACUUAUUUCAAAUGGUGAUCUUUUCACUUGGUCUAAUUUUGCAACUUACUGCAACAGGGGAUAUGCAUGAGUGUGCGCUUAUGGAAGAUUUUGAUCGUGGAGCAGUUUAUGUUCAUGUUGGUCAGUUGUCCUUGGCAAGUUUUUUUGAACCAAGUCAUGCUGUUGUAGUGAAGUAUUAAUUUUGUCUGUGGAUAUGAUUAGAAAGCUUGCUUGAACUACAGUUCCUUUCCAUUCAGUGAAAGCUGCUCGUUUGGGUAAUACUUUUCAAGGUAUUCACAAAGUCUCCUCUCAUAACGAGCACAAACAGGCAUGCGAAGCUCCAGGGUUUUCUUGAAACUCGAGGUGGUUUACUUCUUGGGCAUCUCCACCUCUCUCCGUCCCUCAAGGAUUUUUAUGCGGCACAUCCAGAAACAAUUUCUGCUUUCUCGCACGGGAUCGUGAACCACUUGGCGGCGACAUGGUGUGCUUGCACGGAGACGCCGCUUUACAAAUCCAUUCUCUUAAGAAGCGGAGCUCUGGACCGUCCACGUGGGACCGGCUGCAUCGUUCCUUCCACAAUCAAUCGCUUUGGUCGACUUGAUAUCAAGCGAGAGAUGAGUCGUCGACUUGGCCAUACGUAGGACCACGCAACUGAAUCCGUGUUUCCACCAGCGCUGGGGCCAUUUCAAGGUAGGCGAUGCUGGCAGCUUCAUGUUAAACUGGUGGCGUAGGAGAUGCCUCUGUUCUCCUUGUUCAGCUUUGCUCACCAGGGCGCUUGAUUUUUUUAAGUCGCAAGAUUCCUCAAACUUGACCUUGCCUCCAUUGACGCUGGUUGCUUCGAGCGUCAUGCAAAAAAACUGGUUUUACAAUACAGUAUUGCUUAAAAAUAUCCUUACAUUGUAAUUGGUGCUAUCCACACGUAAGCACAAACCUUCCCUCACAUCCUGGCCUGGGCAUUUGGAUAUUGUUUUGUUGGAACGAUUCCACCAAAUUAAAACAUUAGCUGCCACAGAUGCAUGCUUAAGAAAGGCUAGGACUGAACCUUGCUAUGGAUGGAGUCUGGAUUCCAAACGGUUGGGUUUCUUGAGAAGAACCUCCGACCCACUUCACCACCAUGCAACUUGACAACAGCAAGCGCGUAACAGGAAAUGCACUUCCAGACACAAAUGAAGCCAGCCUAAUGUUGCGAAGGCCUAAGCACGUAUAAACGUUUUCAAGACCGUUCUCCACAUGCCUUUCCGUUGGACCACAUUGUCCACUUCCUGACGGCGCUCAUGUAUAUCCCCCUUAACCAGUGACCAAAUAUUGUAUUGAAGACUGGUUAUAAAAGAACGUUUGAAAAGUGUACUGUAAUUUACUUUUUUUUACGAUUUUCUUUUCCCAUUAAUUCCGAUCGGUGUGCUGUAAUGUAUCAUAGCCCACAUGUGGCUGCUGCAGGAGUGCUAAGCUAUGCACCACGUGGUGUGAAUGAUCAUACAUGUUUACCUAUUAUAUACUUUGCAGUGUUUUUGUUACAUUAAAACUGCCACUUUAAUUCAACAUUUUAUACAAUUGUUGCAUGCUAAAUAGGUAGUGUUUUGUUAUAUUCAUUUGUGGUUAUUGCUUUGGAAAGUGAUUUGUUGACCCGGAUUUUUUUGUUAAAUGCCUAAAUGUUUGCAUAUUGAGAGUAUCGAUUACUACUUUUAAAAUGUGAAUGUUAUUCGGGCAUCCUUGCUGCAUUCUUUUCCUAGUGCUGUGCUGUCAAACCAUAUUCCAAUAAACACCUUGUCCAGUUA